UUAAAAUUGAUAGAAAGAAGGCUAAUACACCAGAUUUAAGAAAGAAGGAAAAGGAAAACAGAAAGCUACAAUUAGAACUCAACCAAGAAAGAGAGAAAUUUAACCAAAUGGUAGUGAAACACCAGAAGGAACUCAAUGAAAUGCAAGCGCAAUUGGUUGAAGAAUGCACACACAGGAAUGAACUUCAGAUGCAGCUGGCUAGCAAAGAGAGUGACAUAGAGCAGUUGCGUGCAAAACUUUUGGACCUUUCAGAUUCUACCAGUGUUACUAGUUUUCCUAGUGCUGAUGAAACUGAUGGAAACCUUCCAGAAUCAAGAAUUGAAGGUUGGCUAUCAGUCCCAAACAGAGGAAAUAUAAAACGAUAUGGCUGGAAGAAACAGUACAUUGUUGUGCGCAGCAAAAUAAUUUUGUUCUAUAAUGAUGAACAGGAUAAGGAACAGUCAAAUCCAUCUAUGGUACUGGUCAUAGACAAACUAUUUCAUUUCCGACCUGUAACCCAAGGUGAUGUGUAUAGAGCAGAAACUGAAGAAAUCCCUAAGAUAUUCCAGAUCCUAUAUGCAAAUGAAGGUGAAUGUAGAAAAGAUUUGGAGAUGGAACCAGUACAACAAGCUGAGAAGACUAAUUUUCAGAAUCACAAAGGCCAUGAGUUUAUUCCUACACUCUAUCACUUUCCAGCCAACUGUGAGGCUUGUGCCAAACCUCUCUGGCAUAUUUUUAAGCCACCCCCUGCCAUUGAAUGUCAAAGAUGCCAUGUCAAGUGCCACAGAAAUCACUUAGACAAAAAGGAAGACUUAAUUUCUCCAUGCAAAGUGAGUUAUGAUGUAACAUCUGCAAGAGAUAUGCUGCUGUUAGCUUGUUCUCAGGAUGAACAGAAGAAGUGGGUAACCCAUUUAGUAAAGAAGAUCCCUAAGAAUCCACCAUCCAGUUUUGUUCAUGCAUCCCCUAGAACACUUUCUACCAGAUCUAGUGCAAAUCAAGUCUUUCUGAAAAGUUGUCAAAAAUACAUCUUGCAAAACUAGCUAACCUAACCAUAUCAUCUUGAUUUAUGGAAUCUUGUGGGAUGCCAUCUGAGAAACUGGGCUUCUUUAACCAUGCAGAGCAGACAGUGUUCCUUCUGACACAAAUAUCACAGGCUUCAGGCUUAAGAUUGCUGUUCUUCUCUC